UCCAACCGCUAUCAGAAAACAUCAAAGCAGCCGGUAGGUCUGAGAACAAUCGCUUUUGAAGCAGCUAUGCAACUCACCCUGUUCUGGAUUGCGUGUCUGCUGCCAGGCCACCUGGCCCUGCCACUGUUCCCGGAGGCUGGAGAUGUGAGCACCUUGCAGUGGGAACAGGCUCAGAAUUAUCUUAGGAAAUUUUACCUUCGUGACUCUAAAACAAAGGAGGCCAACAGUUUAGUGGUCAGUCUCAAAGAGAUGCAGAAGUUCUUUGGCCUGCCUGUGACUGGAGAGAUAUCCCCCCGAAUCGUGGAAAUAAUGCAGAAACCCAGAUGUGGAGUGCCAGAUGUUGCAAAAUACUCACUAAUGCCAAACAGUCCAAAAUGGCAUUCCAGAAAUGUCACCUACAGAAUCGUGUCCUAUACGACAGACUUACCAAAGCCCGUGGUGGAUCGCAUCGUGGAGAAAGCUCUGAGAAUGUGGAGCGAGCAUAUCCCACUGAACUUCAUAAGGGUGCGGUGGGGGACUGCGGACAUUAUGAUUGACUUCGCGCGGGGAGAUCAUGGAGACAGCUUCCCAUUCGAUGGACCAGGAAACACUCUGGGUCAUGCCUUUGCACCAGGGCCAGGCCUAGGAGGAGACGCUCACUUUGACAACGAUGAAUACUGGACUGAUGGUACCGACACAGGAGUGAACUUCCUGCGUGCUGCCACCCACGAGUUUGGCCACUCUCUGGGCCUGGGUCACUCCUCUGUCCCCAGCGCUGUGAUGUACCCUACCUAUGAAAAAGGCAACCCACAGGACUUCAGACUCACAGAGGAUGACAUUGAAGGCAUUCAGAAGUUAUAUGGAAAGAGGAAUGAUUUUUGGAAGAUAUAGACACUCCAGGGAGACUGUGCAUUCAUUGGGUUCUGUCGCAUUCCCCAAUCAGAAUGAGCAGACACCUUUCUGAACAGAUUGUGACUCUUGCUUCAUUCUUUCAUGAACUGUGGGUGGGUUUUGCAUAUCCCUCUGAGGGUCACCUCUACUGGAUGAUCAGACUAGUCCCAAGUGACACUGAAUUGACAGACACCAAUAAAUGUCACAUGCACACAUAA